AUGCAGCCGGUGGUUGUGAAAGUUGGCAAUGGAUUCCGAUCGGAUUAUUCCGAGCUGACGCAAUUUAAAAUGAUUAUUGUCUUCGGAACUGCCGCAUGGAUUUUAUUCAUUUUUGGUCUUGGAUGCUAUAAUUAUAUGGGAAUUCGAAAACCAGAAGCGGCGAUGUGUUUUGAAGAUCAGAUCGAAGAGCCGACGACCAACAGAUCGCUGAAACCGUCGCAAAGUGAGAAGUCGUCGAAAUCCCCGAAAUGUCGAACGAUGUGA